ACCAGCUAUAUAAUCAUCACUCCUAAUAUAUAUAUACCAGCUAUAUAAUCAUCACUCCUAAUAUAUAUAUAUAUACCAGCUAUAUAAUCAUCACUCCUAAUUAUGUUUUACCUGUCAUUUAAUCUAUGGAGUACAUACCACUCCUACAGAAAAAUUUCUAUCUACUUAAUCUGUAGAAUACUUGCCACUCCUACAGGAGAUUUACUAUAUAUAUUCUAUAUACGCUACUCUUUACCAUAUGUUUAUUUUUUACACAACUGAACUAGCUUUCACUGAAAUGUAAAGUUUUACCAAAUCUGAAGUGCCAUAUUGACCAAGACCAUUUUAAUAUAUGAUAUAAUACAUAUUCUGGAAUAAUUUUCAAAUCAAAACUCAAUUUUAUACUCACUGACAAUAAAUAAAAGGCUGUAAUUUAAUUAUUUAUAUUUUAAUAACUAUUUGCAAAAAAAGCUUAUUAUUUGUAUGUAUUUCAGAUGUAGUAUUAAAUUUUUCAAAAUGAAAAUAUGAGACACUAAGUUUAAUAAAACCCUAGGAAUAAGGAAGGGUUAUAGUUAAGUCGAAGAAGACGAUAUCUUCCAGUAAAAUGCUGACAGCUAAGGAGAGUACGAAAGCUUCACUGUUUGGGGAGGAGGAGAAGGGGAAUGGGGGGAAACAGCCGAUUGUGUACAGCUACCCACUAGUACGGUACACGGAUAUGGACGAGGGAAUGCGUAAAGAUGUUAUGGAUGUAUGUACAAUGGCUUGUGAAAGACAUACGGCUAACAAUGAGUUGUGUGCAAAGAUGAUCAAGGAAGUUCUUGACAAGAAAUUUGGACCCAGCUGGCAUGUCGUGGUCGGAGAAGGGUUCGGUUUUGAGAUCAGCUACGAGACAAAGAAGCUGUUGUACAUGUUCUUCGCUGGUAGCCUAGCAGUUUGCGUCUGGAAAUGCUCGUAUUAAUUAAACAUAGUUUUUUACAAAACAUCCAAAAACUAAAUGUUUCAAGACGAAAAUUUAAAAGUUUACCAGCAAGGUCAUUUUUAUUCUGUGCCCAUAAUGCAAAAAAUGGAUAACAAAGAAUAUGUUCCAUGACAUAUCCCACAAAGAAUAUGUUUCAUGACAUAUCCUACAAAGAAUAUGUUCCAUGAGAUAUCCUACAAAGAAUAUGUUCCAUGACAUAUUCUACAAAGAAUAUGUUCGAUGACAUAUCCUACAAAGAAUAUGUUCCAUGAGAUAUCCUACAAAGAAUAUGUUCCAUGACAUAUUCUACAAAGAAUAUGUUCGAUGACAUAUCCUACAAAGAAUAUGUUCCAUGACAUUCCUACAAAGAAAUAUUUACAAGACGUCCAUGAAGAGUGUGUUAUAAGACGGCCAACAAAGAAAAAGUUUAAGAUGGUCAGCAAGGAUAUCUCUGAAAAGUUUGCAAAAAGUUUAUGAAUUUCAAGAUGAUCAUUAAAUAUCUUGCAGGCAAUGAAAAUGUUUAAAAACUCGAAACAAAGAAAAAAAUUUACAAGACUGCAAACUAAUAAGUAUUUUUAAGACGGCCAUCUAGAAAAUCAAUUCGUAAAAUUUG